GUGUAGAGUGAGCCCUCUCGCUCUCCGCCUCUCUGCUGAAAAUCGUUCCACUACGUCAAGUCGUCCCGUCCGCUCGGUGAAGAUGUCUGCGACGGGUUCAGGCGGCUGCGGACCCGGACCCGGACCCACCUCGGGGACCGGCUCCGGGGCUUCAAACCCCCGAAAGUUCAGCGAGAAGAUAGCGCUGCACACCCAGCGGCAGGCCGAGGAGACAGCCGCCUUCCAGGAGGUCAUGAUGGACAUCACCUCGACCAGGCUGCAGGCCCAGAAGCUCCGUCUGGCCCGGAGUCAGGGUCCGUACUACGGCGGCUCGCUACCCAACGUCAACCAGAUCGGCAGGAACCCGCAGGACUUCCAGGGCUCCUUCCCCUCCACUCUGGAGUCCAACCGGUCGACUCGGCAUCACGGUCUGGUGGAGCGAGUCCAGAGGGACCGCCGCUUCAUCUCGCCGGUCCGACCGUACCGCAACCGCCAAGUGGACAACCCUCUGUACAACUCAGCCUACCUGUCGCCGCCGCCCGACCCCAGCUGGAGAAGGAAUUGGUCUGGAAACUUCCCUGGGGAUAAAAGCCAGUUGUUUCGUCUCCCCACCACUGCACUUAACAGGACCAACUCUGACUCGGCCCUCCACACCAGCGUGAUGAACCCAUCCACAGGAGACCCCUUCACCACAGGAGGACCCACCCUCACCCCCCAGAGCUCCAGACGCACCGGUCAGAGCGAUGGAGAGGCCAGAAGAAUGUUUCCGUACCCGGUUCCUCCCAUUGAGGAGAACGUGUUGGAUGAGGGGAAGCUGCUCAAACCCUGGGACACCAAGAAGCUGCCUUUGUUGUCGUCACGGCCGAAGUCGUGUGAAGUUCCUGGCAUAAACAUCUUUACAUCACCAGAGCAGCCGUGCACGCCGGCCCACGGCGUCCCCUCGGCCCUCAACACCGGCGGCUCGCUGCCCGACCUGUCCAGCCUCCACUUCCCGUCCCCACUGCCCACGCCGCUGGACCAGGAUGAGCCCGGAUACGCAGGAUCCUCCUCUCUGAGCGGAGGCAGCAGCACGGGGAACCUGGCCUCCACCCUCACCCAGCUGGGCAUCAACGCCGCCAACACACCGGGAGGCAACGGCAGCUUCCACCACCCCUCACCAGGUCUGCUGGCGUCUCUACAGAGCGCGCUCAGUAACCCCUCCCUGCAGUCGUCGCUAAGCAACCCCAACAUCCAGUCGUCGCUGAGCAGCCACUCCUUCUCCAACUCCCUGAGCUCCGCCUCCCUGCACUCGUCGCUCAGCAACCCGUCGCUGCAAUCGUCCCUCAGCUCCUCCCCCUCGCUGCCGUCCUCCCUCAGCAACCAAUCGCUGCACUCGUCCCUCAGUAACUCCUCCCUCCAGUCGGUGUCCAGCAGCAACCCGAGCUACAGCAGCGGCGUGGGCGGCUCCGGCUCCGGCUCCUCGUCCUACUCGUCGCUGCUCGGUGGGCAGGGCCAGCCGCCGCUCAGCACGUCGCCACGGAGACGGGCCCAGCUCUCACCGCUCAUCCUGCCCAUGGGAGGGGAGUCACGGAGGCAUCACUCCAAGCAGUUCUCCCCCACCAUCUCCCCCACCCUGUCCUCCAUCACGCAGGGCGUCCCUCUGGACACCAGCAAACUGCCUCUGGACCAGAGGCUGCCUCCGUACCCGCUCAGCCAGUCCCACCAGCACCAGCCAGGCUCCCACCAGCCUCUCCCCAGCCUGCCUGGCUCCCAGCCCGGCCAGCAGCCCCCUCCUCUGGGCCACCACCAGCAGCUGCACCGCCUCCAGCAGCCGCGACCCAACGCCCAACAACAGCAACAACAACAACAACAACAACAGCAGCAGCAGCAGCUCCACCUGCAGAACCUGCGCAACCAGCACAUGCAGCAGCAGCACUUUGGAACACAACAGAGGCCGAUGGGACAGCAGAUGAACACGGGGAUCAUCAAGAAUGAGAGCGCGUUGGACCAGUGCAUCCAGACGCCCUCGCUGUGCCAGGUCAAACAGGAGACGGAGCAGCAGAGGGCUGGCGGCCUCCCACAGCACCAGCAGAUCAGCCACAACCUGACAACAGACCUCUAUAACGAUGCCUUGUUCAACUCUCUGCUGGAUGAUCCGUACCUGAGUCUGCAGUUCACAGGGAAAUCCAACCAGCAGUUCACAGUGGAGAAUCAGGGCGACGGUCUGUCCUUGAACCACGGCGGUCUGAGCUGCAGCAGCACCGACAAGAGCCAGUUUCCCUCCAACAGCCAGGGCCAGCUGGAUCUGCAGGAACCCGGAGAUCAGCAGCUGCUCAACAACCAGAACCAGAACCAGAACUACAGCAGCGACGGGCGACAAAACGUCCCCAACAUCAUCCUCACAGGCGACUCCCCCACUGGUCUGUCCAAAGAGAUUGCCAGCGCCCUGUCCCACGUCCCCGGCUUUGAGAUGGACGCGUUCUCCCUGGACGAGCAGCUCCGCAUGGACCCUCUGUCCCUGGACAUGCUGGACGGAGACCUGAUGCUGGCCGACCCGGCCGUGGAGGACUCGUUCCGGUCCGACCGCCUCAAGUGACCCCCGGCCGAGCGGCAGGAGCUCGGUGGGACCCGGCGAAGACGCGGCCGCCCGCUCAGAGGUGGAGGGGACGCCGCCGCUCCGCCUCGGAGCCGGCCGGUGUGCAGAGCGAGGUUUGGAGUCGCUCAAGUAUUGGAGAGGAGGACCGGAGGUUUCUGAAGUGAAGGAGGGGCAGCUUCUCCAUCGAAGGCACUUAACUGAAAACGCUCUCGCAACGCUUGAAGAACAGAUGCUUCUCUUUUAGGCAUUAGCUUGUCUGAGUCUUAUCUGCACGUCGAUGGAAAAUGCACUCGCAGGAUUAAAACGUGGUGUCGGCUUUGUGUCGUCUGUACAACCAGCAGCGCUUCAGAAGCUUUUAUGCAUCGUGACGUCGUGUGGAGCCUGCCUGCUUGUGUAAUUGGUUGGGACUGUCUCACCCCAAGCUGCCGUUCGGCCAAUUGUAGGCUUCGCCUGCGUCAUCAGCCACUUUAAAAGGAGCUCAGCCAUCUUUAUAUACAUUUAGAAGAAGUGUCCCUGCAGAUCGACACACUGGUCUGUUGUUUUAUGCAGAAACCAGCUGGUUGGACAUGAAGCUGCCUCUGAUCAGACGCCAGUGGAGCAGAUCACUGGGAUCAUCAGACUGUCAUACAAGCAGCGAGUCACAUGUCAUCACAAAUUUAGGAAAAAAGUGACCAGUUUUCAAGAUAGUGUCAUAUUUUGGGAGCUCCAGUGUUUAUAGUAUUUCAUUUUUUUACACUUCAGAAUUAAAUUCUAGCAACAGAAAGCACCUAAAUACAGUAAAAUGCAGACAUAACAGUAAAACAAAUGUCUUUAAAUUCAGAAGAGUUAUACUUUGAAUUAAACAAGUACUUUGAAUUAUCAGUCUGGACUUCCAAGACUUUACUGUAGUUUAUUCUAAUCUCACAGUUUCAUUGUAACAGCAUUGCAAAUUCAAACAUACACAAGAUGUAAACUAACAGGGAUCCACUUCAGAUCAGUUUAUCUAAGAUCAGAACAUCCUUGUCUCUGAUCAUGUAGGAACAUUCUUCAUGGACAUUUUGUCUUUAAUCUCUAAAAUCAUGCUGUGUGAGCGUGUCUGGAAUUAAAUAUCAGAAGUGACACCUUCUAGUAGAAACAAGACACAGUUUUGCUGCUUGUAUGACAAAGAUUCCUCUGAUGUUUGCAGCUUUCUGCUUCAUUAACAGCAGCUUUAAACCCUGAAAUUAUGCUGCGAUCUAAAGUGUGAAUGUGCCAUCAGAGACUGAAAACCUUACAGUUCCUCAGCAGGUAAAAAAGAUCCAGAAAUCACAGCGAUUCUCAGUCAUAUGUGCUCAUUCCAGCAUGGAAACACUGUCAGAUGUUCACUUUUUUAGGUCCCAUAUCUAAAAGAAUACAGAUCAGAGCAGCGAACAGUGAACCUGAUCGAUGUGUGAAAGUUUUUGCAAAGUGAGGAUGUUUAAAAACCAGUUUUAUUUAUGAACUGAGGAGAAAAGACCUGAGUCAGAUCCAUAUUUAGCUUCUCCUCUAGAUCUCCUGGUUCUUCCAGUUCUUUCCGAGUCCGUCUGGAUGUUUGAACCUCCUCGUGCUGAGAAUCUAAACAUUGAAAACGCUUCAGACUUUUGCACAGAUCUGUAUGUUCAGCUCAGAGUUUAAGAGAAAUUAUGCAUUUUGUUCUUCUUUAGCUCCUCUAAAACCAGCUCUGUAGUGAACCAAAGAAAAUCUCUGUGGACUCCCAAGUUCAGGCUCGACUUUUCCAAAAAAACAUCAGUUAAUUUUGAGCCAGGAAAACGUUCAGACAUCAGAUUCAUCUCUUGUGUUCACAAAGAUGCACAUCUGGAUUUGAUUAAAUAAUCGUCUAUCAAUUUCAGUGAUCAUUAACUUUCAUCAUGCAGCACCUUUUUGGAAACAAAAAAAACCCCACAAGUUUCAUUUCUAGUCUAUUUAAAUCUGGAUGAAUCACAAACAGGAUAAUAAUUGAGGAGAAAAUGAACAACAGAUCAGAGUUAACAAGAGAAAAAUCGUUUAUAAUGCUGGUUUCAACCUGAGCUGCAGGUACAAUUAGUUCAGGUUUAAUGUUCCGGCUGCAACAACUUUUCUGUCGGAAAACGAUUGUUCAUUUAUCUAAACUGUUUCAUUCAAACUGCAAACCCCAGCAGAGUGCAAACUAGUCUGUAGUUUUCUCCGUUAAUUGAUUAUAAAAGAAAAAUUAUUCACAGGACUCUUCAAACAUCUUUGUUCUUCAUAUAUGGCUUUUCUGAAUAACCCAAGGUAAAUCAGUAUGUCAGGAGUGAAAACUAAAAAAACUUCAUCUGCAGCUGUUUUUUUUUUUCUCACUUGAUCGACUUUUGUUCAAGGUUUUCUGUCUGUUGCUUUCCAAAAGUUCUCUUCAGAUAAAUGUGAAAGCGCAGAGACUGGUUGUUGACGCUGAAACGUGGAAAUCGGUUUGAUGUUUGUGCAGAAAGUGACAGAACGUGAGCAGAAGUGAAAGUGUGGAGGAUUUAAAGCAGAACAGCUGCCGGUGGUUUGUUCAUGCUGUCGAUGAAGGGAACGGCUGGGAAACAGAAAGAAGGUUUGGAUGUAGGUGAUGAGGAGUUGGAACAGACUGAGGAGGGUUGAGGUGUUUCUGCUGCCUCCUGCAGGUCACUUCAGGCUGUUACAGAUUUAUUAACAAGUCGGCUUCUGUUCAGACUUUAUUUAUUAUCUGGAGCCAAAAAUGAAAUUCUCUGAAAUGCUUUUGUCUGGAAAUUGGAGCAUUUCAUGCUCUAGACCGGGGACUUUUUAUUUUCACCCUCAAAAAAAAACCUGUGACUGGAUUUCAGGGUUCAGUAUCUCCAGAAAUUUAACUCCUGCAGCCAUGAAAUUCAACAAGGAUCAUUAUUAGAUGCGUAAAUGUGGAUGUAUCCAAAAUUUCUACUAAAAAUCCAGUCUUUGAUCGACAUUUCACCAACUUGCGAGGUCUCUAAAAUUGGUAGAAUAUGAUGUUUGGCAAGUAUAACAAGAUAAUGUUCCAGAGUUUAUUUAAUUUUUUUAUUUUGGUGUUUUGAUAUGUCAAAAAAGUUCUUUAAAAUCAUUUUGGACUCUUUUUGGUUCUAUUUGAGCCAGUUUUGGCUCAUCGUUACACCACUUGUGACAUUUUGGACAUAUUUUGCUUUAUUUUGAACAAAUCACGAGUCACUUUGAUUGAAUUUUCAGUCAUUUAAGACUAUUUCCAAGAUAUUUUAGAUGCAGAUAGUGUAGUUUCCACCUGAUUUAAAUGAUUGAAUGGAUGGGAUUUUGUUCAUUGGUUCUUGAAAAUGAUAAGUGGCAAUUUUUCACACAUGGGUGGUAUCAUUGUCCCAGAAAGUCCCUAUAAGUGUAUCUAUAUGGAUGUAUCCACAGUUGUACUAAAAAUGCAUCAUUUGAUUGAUAUUUCAUCAAAUUCUGAGGCCUCUAACAUCAGUAGAAUUUUAUUCGUGUCAAGUAUGACAGGAAAAGGUGAUAAAAUUGUGAUGUCGACUCAUUGAUAUUAGCACAAAAACUGAUGUGCAUCAAGAUCUGUAAGUUCUUCCAUAUUAAAAUUCAACAACAUAUGAGGCUUUGUACACCUUUUGAGGGUGAAAACACAAGUUCACACAUCUAAAAACUCAAAAUUCGGCCAAAAUAUUCUACAGAACUUAGUUUUGGGUGUCGAAUGGCAAAAAAAAAUCUAUUCUGAACUAAAUCUGAGAUGCUGCAGCGGUGUAUUUUUGUCUGAACUGACACUGACUUAAUUCAGAUUCAAAAACGAUUCACUGUUUGACUUUUUCAGCUCUUCUAUGCAAAGUCUACUGCCUUGACAGAGAGUGUUACUGUGAAUCAACGCUGUUACAAGUGAAACUCAGUGUUAUGGUAGUAAAUUAUACUUCAGAUAAAGUGUUUAUUCAGCAGAAUGCCCCUUUAAAUUCAGCUCAUCAAACUGGGCCUCUUUAGUGAAGGUGUAGAAGUUAACACAACCCGCAGACACACUAAUGGAGCUGAAGUGAAGCAGAAUGUGCCUUUAAAUAGAACCUCAGUGCUGCAGUUUGAGAGGAAACUUUACUCCUGCAGCUACUUUUACGUAGUAAAUAGAAAAACAUGAAACACAGACCGAGGAGCAGCAGAGACGAAGCACAUUUUGAGACUUAAUACUGAAAAGUUACUGAUUGUUUCUUGAUUAUUUGGAGACAGUUGAAGCAGUUUGGUUUGUUUGUUUGCUCAGAUUCCUUCAGUUUGUUUGUUUUCACUUUUUCAGAGAGAAGCUAGUGUGAUGUCGUAUUGAUCAGGAGAAACUGCAAUCAGUUAUUUCCUGUUAUAAUUGAUUGAUUGUUCAGAGUGUGAGGUGAAAGGAGGAUCAUAUGAGGCAGGUUAUUGAUCAGGACUGAUCAGCUGAUGGGUUCCUCAGGUGGUUCAUCAGAUCAAUCGAUCAACCAGGUCGGCUGAAUCUGUUUUCUGUGUUUGGUUAAAGUGAAGUCAGUUUGGUUGAAGUUUUGUCGAUUUUCCCCCACAGCACUUCAAGUUCUUUCCUUUUUAUGCUACUUUUUGUUUUGUUUUUUUCCCUUCUUACUAUCAUAAUUUAGAUUUCUGCCUCUGUUUCUCUCCAAAAAAGGCAGCUGAGCCACUAAAUAAUCUUUACAAAAGCUUCCUUAACGUGUCUCCUGGAUUCACACUUUGUCUUUACCAGACAUCCUGAAAUGAGCCGAAGCUGCAGCAAAAAUAAGAAUUUUCUUUGUUGUACAACUUCAUAAUGUCAGACAGAGCUGGUAGGAUAAGAACUGUUCGAUCAAACCUGAUGUGAAGAGAAAAAAAUCCAGUUUAAAUCCAAAAAUCGCUUUUUUUAAAAAAACACAUUGCCGUCAGCGUUUGAAAGAAAUCUACUGUGAGAUUUGUUGUUUCUCUAUGGCAGCUUUUUCCCCUCAUCUGUUUUUCCAACCAUUUAUUACCUUCUUUGCUCUGUUCUUGUUCGGUAACUACCACUAUUAUUUUCUUAUACAUGUUGGUGUCUUUUAUCUUCAGACGCUCUUCAAAAAAAGGUGCGAAAGUUCCAUAAUGUGUCUCUGAAGCACUUUUCUUUCUUUGCCACAGAGCUGGUAGAAUCAAACCGUUAAAUCCAACCAGAUGUGGAGAGAAAAAUCAGAUCCAGUUCAUUCAAAUAAAACAAAGUGCUGCACGUAUUAGAAGAAAAACGAAAGUAACAUAGCUUAGAUGAGCAACAGCUGGACAGAAAAUGGCUUGUGAGAUUGAUUUCUAAAAUGAAACGAACGAUUAAAUGUUCAGACCACUAAGAGCAAUCAGAGACCACAGUUUUUUGUUCAAAGUGUCGGCAGAGGAACGUUUGAAGGCUGAAGCUUCAAAGUAGAAAUCUGAGGUAUCGGCUGCAGACAGAAAACGCGUUUUAUUUAAGUGUUAAUUUUUAUUUUAAGAAGCAGUUUAUUUUCACGUCUGCAGGAGAGCAGAUCAAAAACAGCGGAACGGGAAGCUUCGUUUUCUGUUAGAGAAAAUCCCCAAAUUCAAGCAUCUGUGUUUUCUCCACUGAGCGUGUGUUACAGUGUGUAUGUGAGGGUGUGUGUGUGUGUUUGAAGCAUCUUGCUGUUAUGCAAUAAAACCAGUUAGUUAACCUGCAGUUCCAGACUCUGCCAGUAGGGGGAGCUGUUGACCAGCGAGAGAGAGUGUGUAUGUGUGUGCACGUGUGCAGAUUAUGGAUCAGUUAAAGGCCAUAUUUUAUAUGUUUUUUUCUUCAUAUUUUUUAUUGAUGUCUGAUAUUAUUUUCUCUCAUAUUCUUAAUGUUGUGUAUAGUUUGUCUAUUUUCGGCUCCGAGCUUUUCUGCAUCUGUCGCUUCGUAUUUGAAUAAUAAAUUUUGUUUCUAUUCAGAUUUUUAUUUGAACCUUGUAAUAACCAGGGAAUGUUGCGUGUGUGUUGUACAUAUUAAUAUGUUUUAAAAACCAGAGGUGCUUCUGAAGCUAACAGAAGAGAUUUUUAAAGAGACUGUACCUUCACAUUAUUUUCCAGAAAAUAAACAAAUGAAACCUGGAA